ACGAUAACUAUUCCUACUGGCAGUCGCGCUGCGUUUGUUAGCCGCACAGGCUCUAGCAAACGCACUGUAAUUGCGGCCUUAACCGGAAUAGGUGAUGUUGUCAGUAGCCGGAUCUCAAUCGAUGGAAUAAACACUACCAGUGUUGGCUCGAAGCUGCUCCGCAAUAAGAUUGCUUUCAUGCCACAAGAGGCAGCUGUGCUGAGCGGCACCUUGAGAUACAAUCUGGAUCCAUUUGGCGAACACGACGAUGCCGAUCUAUGGCGGCGUGUCAAAGGUGUCGAAAGCUCCAAACCCACCCUUCAUCUCGACCUUGAUACGCCGCCUAUAACAUCGGAAGGUGCGAAUCUCUCAUCUGGCCCACGUUCACUGAUCUCGCUUGCCCGAGCGCUGGUGAAGGAUGCUGCCAUCUUGGUGCUGGACGAGGCUACAGCUUCGAUGGACGCAGAAUUAGACCACCGGGUCCAGCAGAUUUUGCGCACGAAUCUUCAGGGGAAGACGAGCAUCGUAGUUGCCCAUCGUCUUGACUCAGUCGUCGGCAGCUCGGACUUGAUAUGCGUGAUGGACGAGGGCAGUGGUCUAUUCCAUACGCUGUGUAGCAACGCGGGGAAUGGGUGA